AUGCUGCCCUGGCGCCGGAGCAAGUUUGUGCUGGUGGAGAAUGAACGCAAGUGCAAAGCCAAGAGCCUGGGGCCGGGGCUGAGCUACGCGGCGCUGCUGGCCGGGUUCCUCCGUUCCUGCCCGGACCUCCUGCCCGACUGCCCGCUGGAGCGCUUGGGCAGCGUCUUCCGCGGCAAACGCCAGAAAGUGGAGCUGAAUAAAGAGGACCCAACCUACACGGUGAGGUACCUGGGCAACGCCGUCACCCUGCACGCCAAAGGCGAAGGCUGCACGGAGGAGGCGGUGGGCAAGAUCUGGGCGAAAAGCGAGGCCGGGGCCGGCGGCGGGGGAGCCAAGAUGAAGCUGACGCUGGGUCCUCAAGGGAUCCGCAUGACCCCCUGCGAGAAGGGCGCCCGGCGGCUGGGCCACGCGUACCUGCUGCACCGCAUCACCUACUGCGCCGCCGACCGCCGCCACCCCAAGGUCUUCGCCUGGGUCUACCGGCACCAGGUGAAGAACAAGGCGGUGGUGCUGCGCUGCCACGCCGUCAUGGUCUCCAAAGCCGACAAGGCGCGGGCCAUGGCCAUGCUGCUCUACCAGACCUCGGCCUCCGCCUUCGACGAGUUCAAGCGGCUCAAGAGGCAGAACGACUUCCGCCACGUCCAGCAGCAGCUCCUGGGCGAAGCCAUGGUCCCCUUGGUGCCCCUCCGCAAGCUGCUCAACGCCAAGUGUCCCUACCGCCCGCCCGCCGAGAGGGCCCGCUGCGCCCCGCGCCUCAGCUCCAUCUUGGAGGAGGAGGAGGAAGAGGCUGCCUUGGGCGCCGGGGCACCCCUGGGGGACGGCGGCCCCGGGGAGCGAGCAGCGGUGCUGCGGCUGGCCAUGGAGAUGAGGGGAUGCAGCCUGCGUGGCCCCCGCCCCGCCCUGUGCUGA